CCCUCCCUCCCUCUCUCUCUGUCAAGUGUUCAUCUUUGGCCGUGACAACACACAAACACAUUUCCAUAAAUUGCAGAAACAAAAAUCCAAAUGGAGAGAUCUCUCGAAGGGUCACUCUUGUUCCUUUCUCGUAAUUAGAAAAACAGAUACAAUCUUUCUUCUCUCAUUCUUCUCCUCCUAACAAAUUUAUUUCUGUUUCAAGAAAUUGCUGCUAAUUAAUAGACAGGGAGAGAUGUCGGGGGUUUCUCUUGCGGUGGCACCACUGACGGAGCCCGAUGAGACUGCAACCUUAACUUCCGACCAAAAGAAACCACCACCGACCCAGGCGGAGCAUCGGGUACAGCAACAGCAAUGGGGAGUGAUGGGGUCGCUGCGGGUGAUAGAGCUGCAACUGGUAGCCUUCAUCAUGGUCUUUUCGGCUAGCGGUCUCGUCCCUCUCUUCGACCUCCUGUUCCCGGCCUUUAUAUCGGCUUACCUGUUAGCCCUUUCACGCUUUGUUUUCGUCGCGCACGGCCAGGGGAGGAGGACAACGGUGGGCGAGUCGCCGGAAAUCAUCAAGGGGAGCCGAUUGUUUAGGUUAUACGUGAUGUCGGGGACCACUAUAGGGUUGUUCCUGCCGUUGGCCUACGUCCUUGGUGGGUUCGCUAGAGGGGACGACCAUGCAGUUCGGUCCGCCACCCCUCAUCUCUUCUUGCUUUCCUUCCAGAUCCUUACUGAGAACAUCAUUAGUGGGUUGUCCCUGUUUUCCCCACCUGUGAGGGCGUUGGUGCCGCUGCUUUAUACGACGAGGAGGAUUUUAGUCAUCGUAGAUUGGAUCGACGACGUAUGGUUCAAUAAGAGACUCCCCGCAAAUGCUCAAUUUCAGGAUGUGGCAUGGUUUUGGUUCGGGAAGGUAUUGGCGGUGGCGAACUUCGUCUACUUUUCAAUCAACCUGUUUGGGUUUUUGAUCCCAAGGUUUCUUCCAAAGGCAUUCGAGAUUUAUUUCAGGGAAAGAGAUGAGAUCCACUCCAAGAUGGCAGAGGACAAGCGAUCAUUCGCUCCCAACAACAACAAUAACAACAUAUCGUCAAAUCGGACUCCUUCCACAAAGAAAUCCGACUGAGAUAGAUUGAUUGGUGGCAUAGCAUGGAUAAAUAGAUCAAGAUGUAGUCUUUAAAUUACAUAUAUAAUAGUAUCAGUAUCCAAAUCUUCCUUCUAUGUGAAUGUGAAUGAGACUCUUGAGAGCAGCUCUGAGUAUCUUAUAAAAUCCUUCUGAUCUCUUUGUUCUUUUCAAAAA